AUGGAUGAACACAGGAGUGUUGAAGAUACACCAGCCUCUCAAAGGCUGACAAAUGAAGAUUUUAGGAAACUCCUUAUGACUCCAAGGGCUACCCCAUCAGGGGGUGCUCACCCAACAGGUUCGGUGCGAGAAGCUAUGGCAAACUCUGGGUCGAUGCCUCCACCCGCUGAAAACAAAAGUGAAUUGCGUCGUAAAAAGAAAUCCUACUAUGCAGCAUUGAAGAAACAAGAAGACAACAAACUAGCUGAACUAGCUGAGAAGUACAGAGAUAGGGCCCGUGAAAGGAGAGAUGGCCUUAAUGACAUUGGACCAACAGAUCCAACUAGCAACACCAGUAGUGCAUACAGAGCUGUAGCACCAGAUCUAAAGUCAGGAAUGGAUGCCAAGGAAAGAAGAAGACAGUUAAUUCAGGAAUCAAAAUACCUUGGUGGUGAUAUGGAGCAUACUCACUUGGUAAAGGGACUGGAUUAUGCUUUGUUGCAAAAGGUGCGUUCAGAAAUUCAAAAUCGCGAACAAGAACAAGAGGCUGAAAUGGAGAGAUUAGUUUCGGUGCCUAUUGUAGAAGCAGUUAAGGAAAAGAAAGAGGUGGCUGUUGAGGAAGAAAUGCAAUUUAAAACAACUAUGGGAAAAAAUAUUUACAAUAUGAUUAUGGAACAGAAGAACAAGAAAGUGACCCGCAAUGAGUUAUUCGCGCCGGGUCGUAUGGCGUACGUAGUCGAAUUGGAGGAAGAGGGGACAAUAGACAGCGAUAUCCCGACCACUCUAACUCGCAGUAAGGCCGAUGUGCCCGAGUUGGACGAGAGGAGUUCUGCAGCCGCUGCUAACGAUGUCGUACUGGACAAAUUGGCGCAGAUAUUCUCUUAUUUGCGUCAUGGAAGACAUAGAAAAUUGAAAAAAACGAAGGACAAAACGACGGAAAAGGGUCGUAAUGAGGACUCUAUCUACGGCGAGAUCGGUGACUAUGUGGCGGGCGAACGACGUGCCGACAGACGCGACGAACGUCCGCGCACGGGCUACUUUGAUAAACCCCUCGAGACUGAAAAAGACGAAGGAGUGGUGCGCGGGGAGCGCGGGGAGCGGGGCGAGCGAGCGGAGCGCGGCGCCGAGCGCGAGUCGCGGUCGGCGGCGCUGCUGUCGCGGCUGGCGGCCGAGCCCGAGGGCUACGCCGAGUGCUACCCGGGCCUGCGCGAGAUGGAUGACGCCAUCGACGACUCCGACGACGAGGUCGACUACACCAAGAUGGACGCCGGCAACAAGAAGGGACCCAUCGGUCGCUGGGACUUUGACACACAAGAAGAAUAUUCUGCAUAUAUGAGCAGCAAGGAAGCGCUACCGAAGGCCGCUUUUCAAUAUGGAGUUAAGACACAAGAUGGCCGCAAAACGAGAAAGACAAAAGACAAAAGUGAGAAGGCCGAGUUAGACAGAGAGUGGCAACAGAUCCAGAAUAUAAUACAGAAGAGAAAGGCUCCACAGUUAGGCGAUGAACCUAAUUUCAAGACACCAAAGUAUUGA